AUGGCGUCUACUAUCACUGCAUUAAACGUAAAUGCAGUAAAAACAAUCAGAAAUGGCCGUGAACACGAUUCCACCGCUCCAGCAGAGUCGUCGCAAGAGUGGCCAGAGCUUGCCGGCCUCGACGUUUCGAAACAGUUGGAAAGACUCAACGAGAUGCUCCUCAAGGAAACCAAAGUUCGAGACGGCGCGGAGCGGAUGCUCGAAGAAAGGACGAUAGGACCGUUGCGACGACAAGUGGAAGCACAGCUCGAUGCCUCCAACACGGAGAUCAAGCGUAUUCAAAGAAAGAUUGACCAAAUACGGGAUCACUCGCUUCCUUCUGGCUCCUCGAGAAAUCACCCCAAUCACCCAAACCGCAAUGCGAACAAACGCAAGGCGACAGCGGGCUUGACUUUCCUUAAUGGCACUGGCUUAGCUACGCCAUCCAAUACACACACACCUGGAUCAUCCAGCUAUGCGUCCACGUCCCCACGACCACCCACUGCGCCUUCACUGAAUUCUGUUUCGGAUGGUGCAUCCAUUGGACCCUCUGCGACGGAGUCAUCUGCAGCGAAGCGAUUCUUUGCGCCAUCGCUCGUUCCUCAGCCACCUACUCGUACUCGAAGUGAGAGCGAAGCUGCCGAAAACAAGGACGACUAUAAGACAGCGCUCUCUCAGGCUCGGGGUUUGAUACGGACUCUAUCGUCGCUUGCGACCUCUUCAGAGUCCCAGAGGGCAUGGCCAGGGACAGGAGGUACUGGUGAUAGGUCGCCUCCCUACACGAGCCAACGGGCUAUCUCUUCGUCUACCUCGUUGGGAACAUCCUCUGGAAGUCCAAAAGCAGACGCGAUGAGUGAUGCGGAGAUUGAACAAGUUCGGAUGGAACUGAUGGCGGGACUUGUCCAGAUCCUGCUGAGGAACAAGAGAGUUCGAUGGGAGAUUGACAUUCGAGAAGUUUUGCAUGGCAUCCUUCCCCUUCUCUCCGAUAACGUCUCGCAGACGAUGCGCGUUGCCGCCUACCGCCUUUUACGAUACGUCAUGGCGCAUCCUGAUGGACCCAGCAUGUUCAGUUCGUUUGAAGGAAAGGAUUUGGGAUGGUUCAUUGUUCGAUCACUAUGCCGAGACAAUAAACACGUUGCCGAAAAGGAACAAGUCUUUCUACUCAUCAGAGCUCUCAUCGACGCCGGGGCUGAACGUCGACCGUUGAAUGUUCCAGCGGGAUGCUUCUCCGUGCCUAUCAAGGAGAACGUCGUCCGGGCAGUCAUAGCCAUUGCGGAACAGGAAGAGGACACAAAUGUGCUCAGAUGGCCCGCUGUCGAAAUGAUUACCGAAAUCUUCCUCCUCGAUGCAGAGCUGAUCCACCGCUGUGAGGGCAUUCGCCUUCUGCUGCAGACGAUGGCAGAAGGACCUCCAGAACUAUCGCCGAUCCUGGCUCAUGCAUUCCUCACCAUUAUCGACAACCCAAGAACAAGAGUCCUUCUCAAAGCUGGUAGUGAUUUGGAGAUCGCGCUAUCGGGUAUCACAGAUGCCUACGGAAAGGCGGAGACUCAUAUCGAGACGAUGAAGACGAGUGGGAGACUUGUCGUCACCUUGCUGAGAAGUUGGAGUGGCUUGUUGUACCUGUGUUGCAAUGGCAUGCAGUCCAUCAAGGCCCUAGUCGACACGCUUCGUAUUCCGGGAAUGGAUACCCGAGAGGUUGUUCUCGAUCUCUUUUUCGACAUUUUGAACAUUAAACCUGCCGAAUGGUAUCGCACCUUUCUAGAUGGACGUCGCCUCACAAUGUACGGACGCCAAAGGCAUGCAAAUUCAUCUCAGGAGCAAGCCGGGGUGGUCCCAGAAGUAAACAAGCUUACACUCAUUGAUCAGUAUCUGGCGUUGGUGCUUACAGUCCUCGCAGAAGCGGGACUCGUCGACGCCUUGAUAUCUAUGAUAGAAGAGUUUCCUGGCUCUAUAUCGAACAUGGCUCGCAAGGCAACUUUGCUUCUGGGAGAGAUUCUUCAAACGGCCAACCGUCUAUUACCGCUGGCACAGGCAGCUCGUAUGCAAUCUCUGCCCAAACUCUUCUCCUUGUCGUCUGAUUUUCAGAGUGGGAAUAAUCGGAUGAUUGGAACCUCUACCUUGGCUUCUAUCGACAGUUUCAACCGAAAUCGAUCGCGACUCCAGCCAAAUGCCACAAGCGGUACGAGAAAUCGUGCCAACUCCGUGGAUGACCCUAUGCGCCGCGGCCAACGUCAAAUAGAACAAGUCAAGUUGAAGAUGGCCAUGCAGUUGGAUGAUCGGACCUUUCAACUGAUGCUUGUGGAGACACAAGUUACCAUCACCAAGGAUCAUACGAAAUGGAACUUUGAAAUUCUGAUCGAGCUCUUCGAGGGUCCGUUCCUCAGUGGGAAACGUGUCGACGACGGUAUUCGAGCCAACAAGUUUGGUCGACGAUUGAUGGCGUUUUGGCACCCGAGUGCUCGACGGUUCUGUGAUCUACGAAAGACCAAAUCGAACAUGAAAUGGGUCAAACUUGGGUGCUUGAUCCUAUCGACCUUGGUCAAAACUAGCGAAGGCACCAAGUUCUUGCUCUCGGAAGACGACUUCCUGAAGGAUCUCUCCGAUAGCUUUGCUCAGUUUGACCCUUGGAAUGGAAACCCGACCUACGACUCUAUAUUCACUCAAGACCGAGUAGAGGACACACUCUCUUUCGGCUAUCUGCAGAUGCUAGGACAACUGAGCAAGUCGCAGAGAGGCAUGGAAUUGAUGGAGCACUUCAAAUUUUUCAACUCGUUCUACCACCUCAGUGACCUCAAGUUUAGAGAGGAUCUGAUCAAGGGUAUCAUCGAGAACCUUGAUUACUCUGUUGAUGGACAUCCGAGAAUUGUGCUCUCCAAGGCCCUCACGUCCAGUUACAAGCACAUUCGUCUCUAUUCGACCGAGUAUCUGGGGAACCUCAUUCUCAAUAUCAAGCAGAGCAACGUCUGGAUGCUCAGACUUCUCCUGACACAGCUAUACGAUCCUGCCAUGGAAGUCCGAGAGCUGGCCGUGAGGUUUUUGGAAGAGGCAUGCGAAACUCAGGACACGCUGAACGUUGUCGUUGAUAUGCAACCAACCCUAGACCAUCUUGGGGAGCUUGGACAUCCGCUUUUGCUAAGGUUCAUGUCAACUGCUGCUGGCUUUCAAUAUCUUUACGAAACUGGAUACAUCGAGCGGGAAAUGGAUGCUUGGUUCCACGAUCGUAAUCAUCAAUACGUCGUUCUUGUAGAAGUCUACUUGUCUCAAGCAUUCAGCAUCGAUCCUGCAGAAGACGGUGAAGAUUUGCUCGAGUUUGAUGGCAUCGCACCGCCGCACUUUUAUGGCGAGAUGGUCAAAACGGAGCUAGGAUGUCAAGUCCUCAGUGAUAAAGGUCAUUUCAGCGACUUCACCCAUUUCAUCCGACAGCAUGGCUUCGAUAGCGACGAUUCUGACAUUGUGCUGAGGCUCAAGAGUGUACUAUGGGCCGUGGGCAAUAUCGGUACAAGCGAUCGGGGAAUACCUUUCCUGGAGGAUGAUGAAAUUAUUCCGGUCAUUAUCGAGAUCAUGGAGACAACCCCGGUGCUAUCUAUUAGAGGAACUUGCUUCUUCGUGAUAGGUCUAAUCGCGUCUACCGAGCAAGGAGCAGAAAUUCUGUCCGACUAUGGAUGGCUUGCCACGACUAGCUCACUGGGCCAACCCACUGGCAUUUGUAUUCCUACAGAUAUUGAAAAGUUCAUUCUGAUCCCGUCUUGGGAGGUUCCGCAUCCAAAGGAUGACGAUCGACGAUUACCACCCCUCAAGCACCAGCAUGAGCGAGAUAUCUUGGAUGCCAUAGAAAAUCUUUGCAACACCGUGGUUGCAAACGCGGCGUCCCGUACCCUAGCAAAGCUCAAAUCGAGACCGGAUACCCGACACUUGUUCUCAUCCACGCAACUGUUACAACGCGCACUGCAUAUCAUAUCGACGAGAAGAUACCGGUUCCCUGUCAGAAAAUACGUCCUAGAGUUGUUUGACAUCAAGUUUGACGGCAGCACCCUAGAAGAUAUCGCGCACUAUGAAACGCAAGCACUUGAAGAGGUCGCUUCGAAUGGUGGGAUUAUCGCCUUUCAACGAUCGCAUGCGCACCACUCGCACGGGUCACGUCGUUCGAGGCACUCGAUGAAAGCCAAGUCGAAACGACGAUCCAAUAUUGGGCAAGACGAUGACAAUACGACUGUUCCGAGCAGUCCAGUCAUCCUUCGGCCCAAGAGCAAUCCUGUCAAAGUUGUUGGAUUCGACCUGCCUACAGAAGCCACCCUGGCAAGUGCCAUGCUUAUGCAGGCUGAUUGA